GAUACGCGGCGUGCGGAAGAGGCGCGUUCUGCAGCGGUCUGUCAAAAUAACAACAUGGAGCCCUCACGGGAGGUGAUGGCAUCUCCCCAGUUGUCCGCAGAUGCUGAUGUUAGUCAGUCUGUUGGAGAAACGCCUAUAAAUCAACUGAGAUCCCAAAGGAGUGGCAGUGGCGAACAGGACCAAACGCAGUCCAGACUCAGAACAGACGGCCAUGAGUUUGGGCAGCAAGGCGAACGGUGUUCAUAUCUUGCUUUUCAGGACAGUAACCUGUCUCCAGCACUUUCCUUAUUGCCUGUAAAUUCCAGACCUGAAAACAGUGUGACCGAGUAUUCUUUAUUCCAACAAACUGACACAGAGUUUGCACCAUUAAGGGCAUACCCGGAUCUUUCCGUGGCGUCUGAGCGAUUUCAGACCACUCAAGCGUCUGAGCGUGAGUCCUUGUCCCAGCACCCUCUGGCCCACACGACCAUCCUCAGUACAGAAGGCACCAGCAGCUGCUCUCUCUCUCAGUGCAGUUUAUCACCUGCAGACCAAGGCGGACGGGUCGAGGAAGUUCAAACCCCAGUGAUAUCUUCAAAAGAUGAUCCAGGUAGCCGUGAAGUGAACCCAGAAACUUGUCAAGACGAACAGUUAGAGGCUGCUAAAGAUGAGACCUUCUUUCUGAGCAAGGAUAUUUCUGCACAGCGUCUUCUGGACAGCCUGCAGAAAGAUAUUGGUUUACGAAGUGGCACCAGUAGUGCAGUUUCCUCUGCCUCUGAGAUGUCUCUGAAGAGCAGUACAUCUUUUUCAGAAGAAUAUAAAAGCAUUGCAGUUAGCAAACCUCAAACCAGGAAGAGCAUGGUCAAAAGACAAGGUCCUUCGGGCGAAGCUUCUUUUCCCCAGCAGCAAACACAACAGCCUGACAGAGUUUCAAACCCUGGACAAUCACAAGCUCCGUCAUCUGUGGUCUGUAACAUCACAAUACGCUCUCAGCCUGGCGAGCACAGUGAAGACUUACACAGGGAGCUUCUCUCCGAUGUAGAGCGACGCAGAAGCUGUGAAGCUGGAUCUCAAAUCACAAAGCAGAACUCUUCUAAACAAACUUUUCGGUCUGCUACACCAAAUCCCAGUGAAUUGACUGAAGACAAGGCAAGUAGGGUUCCAACAAAUGUGGGUGGAGCGCCUUAUAGCGGGCCAUUUUCAGCAGGCGUUGAACGGAUCCAGAGAGGGCACAGCCUCUGGUCCUCAGGAAACCAAACUGGAAUUGAUGGAUCCUAUCUGGGUUUUCUUCCACAGUCUCAGUCUACCCCAGGGAUUUUCAGGGCCCCACCAAAACCCAGUUUCAAGGGUAAAAUAGGAACACUUUCAUCCAUAGAGUCCAGUAAAGAUAAGUCAUACCAGCUAGUUGUUCCCUCACCUGGACCGAAUCACCCAGACACUUCAAGUCAUCACCAGAAGAGUUCCAGCUCUGCGGAAGUCCAGUCUCUCCCAAGUCUCAACUACAUGCAGAAAGUCGAUGCUUGGAAGGCAAACCACAGUCCAACCAAGACGUCUCUGUUUGAUAGUCUGGCCCUGCAGGGCUUUUCUGGCGUCUCUCCUAAAAAGAAAGCUUAUGAUGCAGUGUCUGACAGUCUGAACCGUCUCCUCAGUCAACAGGCAAAGAGUUUACAACAACCUCUCGUUUCAAGUGCACCCAGCCAGAGUGUGCCACAGAGCGCCUCCACGGCGCCGUCUGACGCUUCUCCAAGAAGAGGCGAGGCCGUGGGCAGUGCUCCCAGUGAGAAAGACACUACCUCUGGGUCUGCAGCACCACCCUCAAGCUCCCCAUUCGGCAGGUCACAAUCCCAUUCAUCUCUUAACACGGUCGUCAUGUCGGCCAACAAAGAGCAGCAGACAGAACAACGGAAGACUCACAGUGAAGGAGACGCUCGUCACGAUUCCCGAAGCAACGCCGUUCGACCCUCAGCUCUCACGAGCCCCGUUCACCUCACUGAUGUGUUGCUUGAUCAAGAUUUGACUCUCUCAAGUUCUCAAGAUAGUUACAGCGGUCACAAAAAAACAAUUUCUGUUGGAGCUUCUUCUGUCGCCAGCCUAGAGAUUGAUAAUUAUGCCCCAUAUUGGACCUUGAAACAAUCAACUCCACCACCGCUUCCCAAGCCCCGAGAGCUCAACAUUGACGAACGCAUUCCGUCGUAUCUCCAGAAUCUGGGUAUUGACCAGUCCCCCUCGUCCAUAUUAAACCCAUUUGCACUCAGAGGCCCAAUCCGAGAGGCUGAAUUCUCUCCCACUGAACUGUGUACGCUCAAAGGAUCAACAGGAACACCAGCACGGAGCAUUCAGGCCUCUGAAGGUGGCAGUCCCCAAAAAACAGAGUUUUCUCAGACCAGCAAUCUGUCGGUGGACUCAAGUGUGUCCAUCCCAUUCAGCAUGGACAGCCUUGGUCCAGCUGUGUCUCUCCCAGAGCUGGACAGGCGGAUUUCUCCCCCACCAGAGACAGACGCUCUCCACGCGGGCCGCAGCUUUACACCCUGCUCAAAGCCUGGCCAAGAUUCUUGCUCGUCUGUCGCGAAACCCAGCCGUCAGGCGCAGAGCAGCCAGAGUCUGCUGGGAGAAAGAGUUGACUCCCCUGUCUCUGCACGUGUCAAGCUGAGCCGUGGGGAAACAAAUCUGCUCUUGCAAACAAACCGCAGCACGGACGAAGAAGCAGAGGAGUCUUUUGUCAGCGCCAAGGCUCUCUCGGAGAUCCGUAAACUGCUCUCUCACUCAGAGAUCACGAUGUCCACCCGUUCAUCUGCGUCCUCCUCAGAUGCUCCUUCAUCACACCAGCGUCUUCCAGAUGAAGGCUCAUCCUUUUUCCUGAAGGAUAGACGCAGCAGCAGACCUCAGGACUCGUUCUCCUCCUUCACACCAGCAGACCCCAGGACUCCAUCCACACAGGUUCCAGUGACUGCAGCCGACAUCGCUCCGUGCAAACCUCCACAGGACCGCCCUGUUAGUGCCGACGCAGGUUCACAUCUUGUCCUCUCCAAGUCGGUCAGGCGCACGGAGCCGGAGGGCUGCAGCGCCGCGCCCCCCGACACGGCUCUGCAGCAGCCGCCCGUCAUCCGGCCUCCGUCGCCCGUGAGCGCACAGCAGCCCGCCUCUCCCCCCGCAGACCCGGCCGAGGCGGCGGAGGACGAGGAGCCAACGCCGCCGAGUCCUGCUCAGAGCAGCUCCUCCUCACCGGCCCUCGAGGGCCCCGAUCAGGACGGGGCGAGCGAAGGGAGCAGCGAGAGCUCGCUGACGGUCCGCGUGUCAAAGCUGCUGCAGAGGGAAUCUCCGUCCACCGUGGUGUCCAGUACGCCGAGCAGCACGGACCACGAGGAGGGCAAAACCAGAGAGUGGAUCAAGUCGAAGAUCUCAGGGCAGCAGUGUGAGCUUCUGAAGCUGGAUAAAGAGGACAGAGAGCGGAUUGAAGAAAUCAAGAGAGAGCUGCUCCUAAAAUACCCGGGCCAUUGGAGCACAGAUACUGAGAGCACCGCGGCGUCCAGCGAUGCCAACACCCAGACAACGCAGCCGCUGCAGGGUCUCGGGACAGACCCGGCUGACUCCACCGCACAGCCGCAAAGCUCCACCCAGCCAGAUCUGGAGGCUCAAGUAUGUGCGAUUGCUGCCAGAGAAGGAGUAAUCCUUUCUUCAAAAAAGUCCCGGGCCCUCACGUCCAUCACCAUCGCCACCUGCAGACGCUCCACAUCCCCCUCACCUUCCUCCUCCCCAGCACCUCCCCACAGCCCAGCCCCCGAGCCCCUCCACCUCCUGGAGCUCGCCGCAGGAGCAGACAAACACGAUGCAGCCCACAGCCAGUCCGACUCAUCUCAUUCAGGUGGAACGGACAGAGUGGCGUCGGCUCAGGCAGAAAGCAGAGGGCCGUCAGUGUUUGAAGCAGACGGUAGUUUGAACACCGCUGCUUCUCAGUCAGCACCAGAAGAUCAGAGGAGACUUGACGCCGUGAGUGGCCGAUAUGAGCAGCCCUCCCCUCCAGCACAGAGUUCAGAUAGAGAAGAUGUCGCCAUUCAGCAUGACAGAGCUCAAUCAGAGCGACAGAAUGGAGGAAAUCAGGCCGUUGACCCGUCCCCCAGGAAAGGCCACGUCUCGCAUGUCCAUCUCACUCUGUCCCCCAAAGUUCCCGACCACACCCUCCCCUCCGCUGGCCUCUCCAGUCGCCCCGGUGCCGCCUCAGGGCGUCCACGUAAAGAAUUUGUCCCCCUCAGAGAGCGCUCUCCAGCUGCCAGCAGUCCAGACGAAGGCGUUGGUUUGAACAGUCCGCCGGAGUGGAGCGACGGCAGGGAGCCGGGGAGACAGCGAGCGCCCGCCAGAGCCGACACCUCCACCCUCUUUCAACCGGCUGACCCUCAGAGAAAGACGAAUGACGUAGCUAAACGCUUCUUCACAGUCCGUCACAGAACUGAAAUCUCACCAAGACGCCUUCACACUGAAACCCCAGCGCCCGUUCUGCUGCCGUACAAACCUCACGGCAGCGAGGAGCUCUUCUACGUCCCUCAGACAGAAGCUGACUGCUCGUCUCCUCAGCCCUCUGACACCACCAUGGAGAGCUCCCACCCAGGCUCGGACGACGCCGUUCCUCCCCGCUUCAGCAGCGACGUCCUGGGACGGCCGGACCCGGCGGUGGACCGAGGAGUCGCCAUCCGACACGCUGAGGGGAUCUACAGCAAGAGGGUCAACACAGCCACUCUUCAAAUGCAGCAACCCGAACACAGAGGCACUUCUGAAGUGUCAGAGAAGAGCUCACCACCAAGCCAGAGUCCAAAGCCGUCCACUCAGACGUCCGUUUCCUUCACCGCAGUGCCUUUGAGCUCCAGAGAAACCCUGACGAGAGACCAGGGGACGAGUCCCAUCAUGUUCCUCAGCGGCGAGCCGCUGAGCCAAGGCGGGUUCAAACCCGUUCGUCGGACAGAACGAGAGCGAGAGCUGCCGGUUGAUGAUCCUGAGCUGGUUCAGCCGACCCCCCAGCAGAGCUCUCCGGACCAGCUGUGGGACCGGUCUUACCGUCAGAGGAGGGUGGAGCAGCCGCACCUGAGCAGCAACGGAGAGUGUUCACUGCUGGAGCGGCUGGAGCGGCUGGAGCACCUGUACCGCCUCAUUCACAGCAGGGGGUCCGUUCCUGUUCCCCACAAACAGCAGGAGAAAGGUAGAAGACGAGAGGAGCUGGCACUGAGGAGGAGAGACCAAGGAGAGGACUUUAGAGAGAUCAAGAGCAGCGCGCAUGGAGAUUUAAGAGAAACGGAGCGGAAAAUUCCAAGAGGGACAACAGCUGAAUCUCCGCUCCAUUCCAGUCUUCACGAAGAGGAAAGUUCACAGCCGCCAGACGUCACCAGCCGCUCCUCCUCCGGCCGAACUCAGAGCUCCUCUGAAUGUCAGCACGUCUCCGCAGCGGAGCCGGACCAGUCGGACAUCCUGUCCACCUCGUCCGGCUCGGUGUCCACCGUGGACACGGCUCGCCUCAUCCGGGUGUUCGGAGCCCAGAAAGUCCAGCAGCUGAAAAGGAGCUCCAGCCUCAGGAGGCUGUACAGCGCCAUCGACAAGCAGAAAGAAGAGCGAGAUCACAGGAGAGAGAGGAGCGGCGUCAGGCCGUCGGUCUCCACCAGGACCAAGGAAUCGCUCGCCAGUUCCACUUCAUCAACCAGCACUUACAGCGUGGCGUCGCCCCACGGCCCGUCCACGGCGCUGGCUGCAAAGCAAGCUGGUAAACAGGCCAACAAAAGCAUCCAAGCAGGUGACUUUGAGAUCGUUCCUAACGGGACUCGCCGGCACACCAGAGAUGUUGGAACCACAUUUCCUUCGCCCAGCGGAGGAGGAGGAGGAGGAGAACAGAGGGGCUCCUCCAAAGGUCACAAUGUCCAGAAGCAGAGAAAGAGCAAGAGGAGCCCCUCAAAGCUGCUUCCUGCAGGUGUUUCGUGGUUCGUCUCCGCCAGCAGUCUGAAGUCAGCAGCCCGGAAGGAGAACCGGCCGGAGGAGGAGACUCUGGCGGGGAGGCCCGGCACCGCGUGGUUCGAGCCGUACGGCCGAGGCCUCCACCCGUGGAGACAGCCGCUCCGACCGAGACACGUGCAGGAGGAGGGGAACAGAGAGCCGGGCUUCACACUUCACACUGCGGAAGGUCCAGAUCCAAGAGGCAAAACCGCGUCCUGCGGUCUGCCGCCAGUCUCUCUGCAGGAGGCUCUGGAAAUCCGUCGUCCCGACUUCAUCUCCCGGUCCAGGCAGAGGGUGGAGUGCCUGGCUCUGAGGGCGGAGCAGAGGAGGCUCCAGGCGGACUUCUACGGAGACGAGCCGUUCAACCCGCUGGGACGGCUGGAGAGGCUGCCGAGGCCCGCAGGCGGCGCGCUGCUGAGGAGGGCUGUUCCAAGGAAGGAGAUGCUCCAGAGGUCCAAACAAAUAUAUGAAAACCUGCCCGAGGUUCGGCGGAGACGAGAGGAGGAGAGACGGAAAGCCAAGUAUCAUUCGUAUCGCCUGAACGCCCAGCUUUACAACUCGAGAAUCACAAACCACGUGUUGGGCAGACGAUCAGCAUGGCAGUGAGCCGGCCGCCGCUCCAAUGUUCCACUGACAAUAAUGUGAUCAGCGAUAUGGAUUUAUUUGUGGUCAGAAACAACAAAACUACCUAUUUUAAUCAAGAAAGCUUUUUUUUUUACAUUUGAGCCACAAUGUUUUGUAUUUUAUAGGUAAACAGUAGCAGCAUCACUGACUUUUUAACGCUUCCAGCCGAGUUUUAAAUUAAAUCUUUUCAAGUGUUUUUCAUGUUUAAAAUAAACCAGAUUUUUGGAGAUGUUUUAAGAACGCUUCGUUUCAAAGAUUUUCAAAGUCUUUAUUUGAUCCGUUUGUGCGAGAGCAGGAAGCCACACGAGGAGAAGCGACGACAGAUUCAGAACAUCAGCUGCUCACAGAAAGCACGAGAAGGUCACAAAGAAAUUAGAAAUGCCGCCACUAUUUUCCCUCUGGAGCUACAGUUACGCCGAUGCAUCAGCUCACGACACGAACAGAAACUUCACCAGGUAAACAAAAUCAAUAAAUACAAUAAUUAUCAUGGAUUAAUUUAAAAAAAAAA